GCCUGUUUGCGCACUGGGAUGGAAGAGAAAGGAUGAAUCUGAAAUUCACCAAAAAGAUAUGCAUCGUCGUCUUUCUUUCUCAUCAGUUUUCGCCCUAUUUUAUAUCAAUCUUAUUUAAAGUUUUGCUCUGAUCCAGAGACUCUAUUAAGGAUUGAUUAAUUAAGCAUAAGAACUACUCAUGACCGUGGUCAAACUCACGUGAAAUGAAAUGGGGCCCCAUUAAGACGGUAAUUAGGGUUAAUUAAGGUUGAGGAUUACUCCCAGCUAUCCUCAAACUCAGAUACUAAUGAACAAGAUGAGAACCAAGCAUUCGUCGAAACGUCUGCUUUUCUCUGUUGUUCUCGUAACAGUGACUCUGACCGGGUGGGUCAAACCGAUCAAUGGCUCCGAUUUCACCAUUAGCGAAGCCACCAUUGAUGACAUCCAGAAAGCUUUUGCAGAAAACAAGCUGACCUCCACACUGCUGGUUGACUUCUACUUGGAGAGGAUCAGCAGCCUCAAUCCCAUACUUCGCAGCGUACUGGAGGUGAACCCUGAUGCGAGAGCUCAGGCGGAGGAGGCUGAUCGGGAGAGGAGGGAUCCAGUGUUUACGUCCUCACUGGGACCACUCCAUGGGAUACCGGUACUGCUCAAGGACAGCAUUGCCACCGACGACAAGCUCAACACCAGCGCAGGGUCCUUUGCAUUGUUGGGUUCUAAGGUUCCACGUGACGCGCACGUGGCGGAGAGACUCCGGCAAGCCGGCGCCGUCAUACUUGGCAAAGCUUCUCUGUCGGAGUGGUACGGCACUCGCUCCGCACGUGUGCCUUCUAAUUGGUGCGCCAGAGGGGGGCAUGCCCUGAAUCCUUAUGUAGAAUCGGGGGAUACGUGUGGGUCCAUUGGAUCAGCGAUAUCAGUGGCUGCAAACAUGGUUUCUGUUUCUUUGGGCACUGAAACCCAUGGCUCAAUCAUUUGUCCGGCCGAUCAUAGCUCCGUCGUCGGCAUCAAACCCACCGUUGGUCUCACGAGCAGGGCCGGCGUCAUCCCAAUUUCUUCUCGUCAAGACACUAUUGGGCCAAUUUGCAGAACAGUGUCAGAUGCAGUUCAUGUGCUUGAUGUGAUUGUGGGGUUUGAUCCCAGAGAUGAAGCAACACGUUGUGCAGAUAAGUUUAUACCUCUAGGUGGUUACAAGCAAUUUCUCAGAGAGGAUGGACUAAAAGGAAAGAGAUUGGGUGUUGUUAGGAAUCCAUUUUCCGAUCCCUAUAGGGGAUCUCUUGCCAUUUCCGUUUUUGAACAUCAUCUCAACACCCUCAGGGCAAGGGGUGCGACUGUGGUGGACAAUUUAGAGAUACCCAAUAUCAGCAUCAUUCAGAAUCCUUACAAGAGUGGUGAAUUAGCAGUCAUGCUUGCGGAAUUCAAACUUUCCAUCAACAAAUAUCUAAAGGAUCUUAUUUCCUCACCAGUCAGGUCACUGGCUGACAUUAUUCAGUUCAACAUCAAUCAUCCUGAUCUGGAAAAGACAAAAGAGUACGGGCAGGGAAAGUUUAUUGAAUCAGACAUGACAAGUGGGUUUGGGGAAGAAGAGAGAGAGGCAGUGAGGAGGAUGGAAGAGUUAUCAGAGGAAGGGUUUGAGAAGGUGAUGAUGGGGAAUGAAUUGGAUGGGUUGGUAACAUUAGGAUCUGAGGUUGCUGCGAUGCUGGCGAUCGGAGGGUAUCCUGGGAUCACAGUACCAGGUGGGUAUGACCAAUAUGGAAUGCCAUUUGGGAUAUGUUUUGGAGGCUUGAAAGGAACCGAACCAAAGCUCAUUGAGAUUGCUUUUGACUUUGAGCAAUCUACUGAGGCCAGAAAGCCUCCUUCCUCUUCACUUGUUUCUCUCUCUGGCACCUUCUCUGCUAAAUCAGCUUAGGAUGUGAAUUGGGAGGAUCGAUGCAGAGUUUGAAAGCCUAUUUGGAUGGUUACACGGCUUUGGUUAUUUUUUUUUUUUUGGGACUGAAACACGCCUUUGGUUUGCCAUGAGGGGAAAGAUUUACAGGACAUAUGGUCACAGAUGUCAGAGACCAGUGUUUCAAAGUAAAGGAACCUGUACUUUUAG